UUUCCCUCCUUUCUACCCACAUUCCCAAGAAUCAAAUACUUUCCCCGUCCCAGACCUGCAGAUAGGUUAGAUGUGUGUUUGUGUCUGCAUGUGUCUGUUCUCGUGUGUGAAGUUCCCCUCCUCCUCCUCCUCCUCUUUCCCAAUUGUCCCUGAUCACCUUUGGUAACCUUGUUCUGGCACCAAGAAAUGUUUUGAUCCUUUACUAUCAGCACCAAGAGUGGAUAUUUGGUAAAAACUGUGAUAUCACAGCCCACAGGGAGAAAUUUGGAUUCAGCAUAUUCACUUGGGAAUCUUGGGUCAAAGAUACAACCCAGGGCAAAUAUUCCUUAGGGUCUUCUCAUGGCUGCAGUGGCACCAUGUGAAUUAAGUUAGUAGUUUAUUCCUCACUUUAGUAGAGAAGAAAAAAUUUGAGCCCAGUUUCUAGACAUUUUAUGCAGUUUGGGAAACAAAAAAAGAUUCAUAGAGUCAAAAACUGUUUGGUUUUCUUCUCCCACCACAGACUAGACUCUUGCAGGUGAGUAGGGAGUUGGAAGUAGAUACCAUGUAAGAUUGUUUGAUGUAGCUCUGCAGCUCCUAGGUUGGGCAUUGUGGAGAGUUUCUCCUCUAUGUCUAAAAUUAUUGUCUACACUUCUUUAUCAGGUAGCAUGCAGUAGAGCUUUUGCAGUACACUUCCUGCAGAUAUAAUUACACCAAUUUCAUAGCGAAACCAAACAUUGGACAUUUGCCCAAAAUACUUCCCACACAGGUAGAAAAAAGUAAUCCAAUAUGUGAAGUUUUCUCUUGAAGCCACAUCAAGAUUUCAUGCAAAACUGAGCAUUCAUAGUGCUCAACUACUCUGCAAGAUCUGGACAAAAUUAAGAAGCCAACUCCUUUUCAUGGACAGGGGAGAAUUCAUUCCCAGAUGAGGAUCCCAAAAGACACAUAUUCUACCUGUCCUCCUGAGCCCUAUUUUUCUAUCUGAAAGUGAUGUGAGUGUCUUUCAUCAGCUUUCUGUUAUGGUGAUUUGUCCCCAGAGCAUCCCAUUCCUUGUAAAGAUGUGUCCAAAGCCUACCUGCCUUGUAAUACAGUGAAUGUCAGCUGGAGACCAGCUCUAGAGUCUCACUUCAGUUUCCACAUCCCACCAACCCUCAAAAGAUGAAGAGCCCAAUACUUGUUCUAAUGUUAAACCCCAUCUAUGAUUUGAAAAUAUCUGUAGGUCACACCUAGAAUUAGGAAAACAAUGACUUAGGUCCAAAAGUGCCCCUCUUCUCAUAGGACUCUGAAUAUCUGAAGGUGAAAUAAAGGGUGGGUUACAUUUGUUAUAGCUUUUUUUUUUUUUUAAUCGACUAUUCAGUGUUGGUCUUCAUUAUUUUUUUUUAUCCUUUUGAAAGCUUUUAGAGCCUCCUGCAUAACCGCCUCUGCCCCAUUCAGCGCUGAAUGGACGGUGCGCUGAUCUUUUUCUCGAUCUGGACAAUGAUCACAGAGCCAGAUUGGAUUAGUGAAACCUAUUUACCAGAAGUUCAGAGCAGUUGCAUGAAGCUGAAAGGCAGUCAGUAGGGAGAGGUGGAAAAUGCACCAGAUUUACAGCUGCAGCGAUGAAAAUUUAGAAGUUUUCACCACUGUGAUUUCUUCCAAAUCAUGUAGUCCUGCCCGAAGACGAGCCAAAGCUACGCAGCACAUCCUAACGAAGAGUGUGGUGACCAUAUCAGAACGGCGGCCCCACCAGGGCGAGCUCCUGCAUGUGCUGUACCAGGCCAGGGGUGAGGAGGAGGCACGGGGAGGGCACUGCCUGCAGGGUGGGCAGCGGGGAGCCUGCCCCACCAAGGGCACUGCCCAGCACGUGGGAAUUGCUGAACAAGAGUCAUCCAAGUCCUAUAAUCAUCUGUUGGACAGAAAAUCUUUGAUUCCUCCGUCUCCAGUUGCCCAUAUCACAGUGAAAGCUGUGGCUGUCACAGGCUCGCCCACACGUGACCGCACUUCUAUGGAAGACCACAGGCAGCGCUGGAGGAAGACAGCAGAGUAUGACCUGGCCUUGCCACCAGGAGCAGAAGCUUCCCUACCACUGACAGGAGGCAACCUGUGUGGGACACCCAGCCUCCUGAGGAAGAUGUGGAUGAAGCACAAGAAGAAGUCAGAGUACCUGGGGGCAACAAACAGUGCCUUUGAGGCGGACUGAUAAGGCUCAGCGUCCCUUGGAAAGGCAGAAGGUCCUUUAGCAGGACAAGGUGCUUUAGGAUCAAUGAGGGAACAGACACAGCACAGCUCAUCCAGGAAAAUUAUAUCCUUUCUAUUACUUGAUGCCAUUGCCUCAGAACAGAGAGAGAAAGGCUAACAAAGGUAAAAAUGGUGAAUAUGAUGUUACUCAAUGGCCUUUCCUUGUUGCAUUACAUUAAAAUCCCAACUAUCCCACUAGUUGUACAUCUUGACUCAAUGCUGAGACUACUGCUGACCCAUUCACCAUUUUCUGUGUCCUGUCUAAAUGAGCUUGGACUUGCAACAAGAGAAGCCUACGAAGAGGUUUGUGUAUUCCUGCAAGGCAAAGAUUGAUUACAGAGUGCCAUUAAAUCCCAGGGAUCUACUUGUUGUGCA